AUGGACCUCACGCCUAUACCAUUGCAACAAAAGAACGAUGUUGACGAACAAAAGAGUUCGGGUCCAGAUAUAGAUGAAUAUGAGCCUGAAGUUCCUGGACAGGGGUUUGACGAGAGUCAAGUGGCAUUCAAAGAGAAAAAGGAAAAUACCCUGACCUCAAGCAGCCCAACUGAUGAGCUUGGCCCUGAAACCACGGCAACACCAGCACCCGCUGAGUCAGAUGAAGAGUAUGACCCCGAAAGUAUCAACCCGUCGCCAGAGCCCGAGUCUCAGGCAUCAGCAUCACUAAAGCUGCCAGGAACACCUUCUGACGAUGACUACGAUCCAGAAAACGGCCCAGAGAUACCUCUAUCUGAAAAAUCUUCUGACAAAUCACCUGCUGUUUCAGAUGAGAAGGCUGUCAAUAAGCCAGUGCUUCCUGCGAAGCCUAAUUUGCCAUCAAAGCCAACGGCAUGUGCUCCAUCGGUUGCUAAAGACCCACAGGUUCAGCUCAAAGAGGCAUACGAGGCAAUCAUGAAGAGUGAUCUUGUGAAACGACCAGAAUUCAAGCAACUAUCACAAGAGGAACAAAUGAUGCUCAUUGAUCAACAGCUUAAGCAAAGAGGGAUCACUUUGCCCGAUAUCAAUACUCCUGCUGAUCCAGAUAUGAAUUAUGAUCAAGUGUAUUCAUACAACAAGCCCUCUGAAACCAAGAAGCUUAUCCCCUUGGUUCCUCAGAAUAAGUUCUGCAAAAGACCCAACAUAACACUUCCGAUGACACCAGAGGAGGAGAAAGCAUACCAGAAAUACUUACAGGCGGAAAAGAAAUACUCCGACAAGAAGCUUCUCGACCUGUUUCCCGAGAAUUCAAGACUAUUUAUUGGUAAUUUGUCCACGAAUACAUUAACAAAGCAGGAUAUUUUUAGAAUCUGCCGACCAUACGGUGAUGUUUUUCACAUCAUGCUCAAAGCGGGCUAUGGUUUUGUGCAAUUCGAAACGGCAGAGCAAUGUGCCGCUUGUAUAGAGGGUGAAUCAGGCGUACCCCUCCAUGGCAGAUACAUCAGGCUCGAUGCAUCCACCAGUCACAGAAAACUUGAUGAAGGUCAGGUUAGAUUUCGUGAAAGAACUUCUGAGAGAUCGCAUGAAGCAGCAAUGAAAAGAAGGGACUCACCCGAUUGCCAUAUUUUCAUUACCGCUGGCAGCGCUCAAAGUCUAAUUGAACAAACCAUUGAAGCCUUCGAAUCUGCCGGACUCUCGCUCAAGAUUGAGGAUAUUGGUGACCAAGACUUAUCUGAGGUCAUUCCCGAUGCUGCCUACUCUGGUGUGCUCGGCGCUUGUGUAGUAAAGGAAGAAAACGUUGAUAUACAAACGUUUCAAGAGACAGAAGAUGGAGGAAUAAGGUUCGAUGAAUACGUUGCGCUCACCCCCUCGGUAGCAGUCGAUCUAAUCAAGCAGAUGAUCCCUUCAAGUCAAACUGAUGAACCUAAUCAGAAGCGUUUCAAUACAAAUGAUGAAAGCAUUGAUUCAUGUGCUCAUGAAUCUGAACAAAGAAAGAAAAGACAGCGGCAGAAUGAUCGUCAGAAAGAUCAUCAUGAUCGAUAUGGUCGAAGGAAUACUAACACACAUACAUCUUCUCGAGGUGGCACCUCAUACGCUGGCUCGAGUGCCGCAACAUACGGGGUGCUGCCUACACCACCAGCGUAUUCUCCACAACCGCCUGCAAACGCAUUUCAACAACCACCGAACUUCCAAAGUUACCCACAACCCUAUCUCUCAUAUUCUCAAAAUUCUGCUCCUCAACCUGCGAUUGACCCUCAAGUUCUACAAAUUCUUCUGAGUCUUGAUGCUGCUACACUUCAGCAAGUCAUCCACUAUAUUAAACAACAGCAAGCCCUUGGUAGCUUGCAACAGGCUCCGCAGCAACCAAUCACUAGUGGCCCAUCAGGUGGCUAUGGGCAAUAUCCGAUGCCCCAGGCACCACCACCACCUCCCACAGUUCAACUGUCCAGUCAUUUGAACACCCUUCUCUCCCAGCUUCAAACUCCUCAACAACAACAUCAGAAUCAGAGCUUACCUUCGAAAAUUCAGUAUUCUCAACCAUCUCAACAGCCAACACAUCAACAGCCUGGGCAGUCCUCAAUGUUGAUGGAAAUGUUAUCGAGAUUUAGUAAGCAGUAA